CAGAAGCCACGCCGGAGUCUCGUAUUGCAAACGUCGGAGGUAGGAAGCACCGUCCGCCGUCUCUUCCCGGAGAUGGCCGCUCCCGCCGCCGCCGCCGCCGCCGUGGAGGUGCUGUUCGACUUCGACAAGACCAUCAUCCAGUGGGACAGCGACGACUGGGUCAUCACCAAGCUCGGGGCCGCCGACGCCUUCAACCGCCUGCGCCCCACCAUGCGCUGGAACUCCCUCAUGGAUGAUGGGGGAGCUCCACGCGCAGGGGAGGUCGGCCGACGACAUCCGCGAGUGCCUCAGGAGCGCACCGCUCGACGCGCACGUCCUCUCCGCCAUCCGGACGGCGUCGGCAUUAGGGUGUGAUUUGAAGGUGGUGAGCGACGCCAACUCCUUCUUCAUCGAGACCGUCCUGGAGCACCACGGCGUCCUCGGCUGCUUCUCUGAGAUCAACACCAACCCCGCGCGCGUGGACGCCCAAGGGAGGCUCAGGAUCUCUCCGUUCCAUGAUCCCACGACCUCGCCCCAUGGUUGCAGCCUGUGCCCUGACAACAUGUGCAAGGGCAAGAUAAUCCAGAGGAUUCAAGGGACAGACGGUGCCAAGAACAAGCACUUCAUAUACAUCGGUGAUGGGAAGGGGGAUUACUGCCCCUCUCUUAAGCUAGGGGAAGGGGACUAUGUCAUGCCAAAGGAGAAUUACCCCCUCUGGAAUCUCAUCAGCAGCGAUCCCCAGCUUAUCAAAGCUGAGGUUCAUCCAUGGUCUAGUGGCGAGGAAUUCGAAAGGAUCCUGCUUAAGCUGGUGAACAAGCUGAUCACCUUGCAUGCACACGGGUCCCAAUUGGACUACAAAUGCAACAUGAGCAAUCCAGUAUCAACGGAGGUGGGUCACCAUCAGACUCUCCCUGUCCCAAAUUGAUCCGUAACCAUAUCUUAGCUCACGGUACAGGCAAGAUUGCGUGACCAUUUUCACAUGCCUCGACCAAGGAACUGUCCUUGGUCAGAAUUCAUCCUAGUAUAUGAUGUAACAAAUAAUUGCACCGACUAUGUCGGUGGAUUUUCUGCA